CCACCUUCCAGCCUCCACACUGUCCUCAUCGAACCCAUCUCUCAACAUGCCGUUCUCUUCAGCUACAAUCAACCACAUAUUUCCAAUGCUUUCACACUACAGCAGUACUAUGAUCUUCGAGAUGCUUUGCUCUGGGCCAAAGAGGAGAAGAACGUCAAAGUUAUCGUUGUAACAGGUAAAGGCCGUCACUUCUGCUCCGGAAAAGUCCUUUCAGAUCCACGCUCAGGCGGCCCAACGAUCGAGCAAGAGAUCGCAGCCGGAUCCUCUUUAGGCGAAGUCCUUCAGGGCUAUCCCAAAAUCUUGAUCGCAGCCGUUCAUGGCGCGGCUAUAGGCUGGGGCUGUACGCAACUCUGGAACUUCGAUCUCGUAUACGCACAUGCGGAAGCUUUCUUCCAGACUCCAUUUAUGCCGUUAGGUUUCGCGCCCGAAGGAGGAAGCAGUUGGAGUUUCCCGAAAGUUAUGGGGAAGAUGAGGGCUAAUAGGUUGUUGAUUGCGGGUGAAAGGGUGAGUGCGGAGGAGAUGUGGGUGUCUGGCUUCGUGACGCAGGUGCUUGGGAAGAAGGAA